UAAUUUGCAGUAAUUUAAUGAUGAUUCCAAAAAUUAUCAUUCUGUUUGCCGCGUUGGCGUUGACGAUUGUUGCCGCUAGACGUUCAUACCAAGGAUACAAAGUGUAUGAAGUUCUGCAGAAAACAGCGCAACAAACCAAAUUUCUUCGUCAGCUGGAACAGUCGAAUUCGAGCUUAGAUUUCUGGCACCUGAGCAAGCAGCGCAAUGACAAAGCCCGGGUAAUGGUUCCACCUGAAGGACAACGCUCGUUUAUUGCCGAAUUGAAACGAAAUGGUUUUCUAUUUGAUGUGCUGAUUGACAAUGUUGGAAGUACUGUUAGCAACCAUACGACAAUAGCUUCCAGAAAACCUGGCACCAUCAAAAAUAGCAUUUUAAAAACCUAUCUUCGCCACGCUGAUAUUAAUAAGUACUUGGAUGAGCUCGCCAGCAAGUACGCCUCGCGUGUCAGUGUAAGCUCAAUCGGAAAAUCAUACGAAGGUCGAUCGUUGAAAGCUAUUACCAUCAACGGGAAAGCAAACAAUUCAGUAAUCUUCCUGGAUGCUGGAAUCCAUGCUCGCGAAUGGAUAGCUCCCGCUACCGCUCUGUAUGCAAUCAAUCAACUUGUCGAACAUGCCACGAAUAACAGAAACGUUCUGUCGAAUCUAACCUGGGUGAUUCUGCCAGUUGUAAAUCCCGACGGAUACGAGUACAGUCACGAACAGGAACGCUUCUGGCGCAAAACUCGAAAGCCAGCCGGAAAGUGUAAAGGAACCGACGGUAACCGAAAUUUCGGCUUUCAUUGGGGCGAAGUAGGUGCUUCGUCUUCGGCCUGCUCGGAAACCUACCGAGGCGACGCUCCAUUCUCCGAACCAGAAACGCAAGCAGUUCGAGAUGCCCUUACCAAACUGAAGGGACGUUGUAAAUUCUAUCUGACGUUACAUUCGUACGGAAAUUACUUGCUGUAUCCUUGGGGAUGGACCAGUGAUCUACCCGAUUCAUGGGAGGAAAUAGAUGAAGUUGCUCAAGCAGGUGCUGCAGCAAUCAAACAAGCAACCGGAAGCCAUUACACAGUGGGCAGUUCAACUAAUGUCCUGUACGCUGCCGCGGGAGGCAGCGACGAUUGGGCCUUUGCUGAGGCGCAGGUCCCCAUCUCGAUCACAAUGGAACUACCCGGAGGUGGUAACGGAGGUUUCAAUCCACCAGCAUCAGCUAUCGAGAAAAGUGUAAAAGAAAGUUGGAUCGGAAUCAAAGCCAUGGCCCUGAAAGUCGCUCAGAGAUAUUAA